AAAGAUUUGGGUAGUGGUGUAGUUGCAAGCUAUAUUAACCGAUGUUUUGAGAAAAUCGAAAGAGAACACUUAAGUUGGUUUGUUUUAAUUUUUGAUAUAACAAAACAGAAUCCUCAAAAAUCAGUUUCAUUUUCUUAAUGCAUCAUCACAUUCAAAUCGAAAAACAAAACUUCAACACUUCAUAUCCACAAACACAAACACAAACACUCUUUUAUUUUCACCAUGAACAACAACGCUUCUCCAAAACCAACCCAUCAUCUCAAACACCUUCAAACUCUUCACCACACAAAACCUUUUUCCACAAACCUUCAUUGACACAACCCUUUAUCUCAAAGUUUCAAACUUUUAACCUUCUCACUCGUUUCCAUUUCAUUCUCUUCAUUUCACUUCUCUUUCUUUACUUUCUCAUUUCGAACCCAACUCUUCUUGAUUUCAUUUUUGUUGUCACUUUCUCAUCAGCACUUUUCGUUUCUAUCAACCUAGCACUCCCUCGUUUACCCUCUAUUUGUAUAUUCUUCUCGAGAUCGUUUCACACAAAGCUUUCUUCACAUAACUCUCAUCAACCUGUUCUAUGGUCUAUUGGGUCCAAGCAUGAGGAAUUUAAAAGCUUAAAUUCUGGAUCUUGGGUUCAAGUUUAUAGCAAUGGUGAUGUUUAUGAAGGUGAGUUUCAUAAGGGAAAGUGUUCAGGGAGUGGUGUUUAUCAUUUUCAUAUGAGUGGAAGAUUUGAAGGUGAUUGGAUUGAUGGAAAGUAUGAUGGUUAUGGUGUUGAAACAUGGGCUAGAGGAAGUAGGUAUCGUGGACAAUAUAGACAUGGUUUGAGGCAUGGAAUUGGAAUUUAUAGGUUUUUUGGUGGUGAUGUUUAUGCUGGUGAAUGGUAUAAUGGUCAAUGUCAUGGGUUUGGAGUUCAUACUUGUAAUGAUGGAAGUCGUUAUGUUGGAGAAUUUAAAUGGGGUGUCAAACAUGGAUUAGGCCAGUACCAUUUCAGAAAUGGGGACAUAUAUGCUGGCGAAUAUUUUGCUGACAAGAUGCACGGCUUUGGAGUUUAUCGAUUUCAGAAUGGUCACCGAUAUGAAGGUGCAUGGCAUGAAGGAAGAAGACAAGGUCUUGGAAUGUACACUUUCAGAAAUGGAGAAACGCAAUAUGGUCAUUGGCAGAAUGGGUUUCUUGAUAAUCCUAAGAAGCAAGACAGUCUUGUUGGGUCUCCAUGUGAUGUGGACCAUGCCAAAGUUCUUAAAGCUGUCCAGGAUGCUCAUUGUGCAGCGGAGAAAGCUUACAGUAUGUCAAAGAUGGAAGAAAUGGUGAAUAAAGUAGUGACUGCAUCUAAUAAAGCAGCAAAUGCAGCUAGAGUUGCAGCUGUAAAAGCUGUGCAAAAUACGAUGCACCAUAAUAACAACAAUGAUAAACGAUAAUGCUCACUCAUUUCCUCAGUCUUGUGAUGAUUGAAGAGCAUUUCAUCUGUCAUUCUCCAUUACCAUAGGUUAUUACAUAUAGAACACUACUAUUAGAUAUGAGAAAGCAAAGGAAGAGGAAUAUAAUGUGGUGUUUCCAUUUCUUUGUCUUGGUAUAGCUGUGAGGUUCUUGUUUGGAACCACUUUUUGUCAUUGAACUCUAUGGCAGAUUGUGGAGCAAAUAGGUUCCUCACUCUCUUAGUGGCUUCUUUUAUGAAGAGUAUAGGAAAAGUAUUACCAAUAUACUAUAGAGUUGUAAUGUCACCAAUGUGUAUGGCUUAAAUGCCAAAAAAAUUACCAUAGUUUAGUAAAAUGGUUUACAUGUUGGCUUCAUGUUAUGAACAUAAAUUAGUGUAUAUUUGGUUUCACUGCUGAGAGUUUCAUAACAGAAUUGAUUAUGCCUCUUGGUGUAAAUACCAAA